UUGCUUGGGUUUUACUUCCCUGGAAUUCGCUUUGUAAUCCAACGAUCUCCGGAGUCCACAGCAACAGUGCUAAUGCUGAAAAUGCCGAUAAAACAUCAUAGCCGAGAAGAAGCUUCAUUAUUUCUUUUGUUAUUGUCGUUGUUACUAUUGAAAAAUGCAGCCUGUGCAUCGAGUUCUCCUUCCGCCUUUGUACAGAACGUCAUCAAUUCCCAGAGGAUCGUCAUCUUCUCCAAGUCUUACUGCCCGUAUUGCAUGCGUGCCAAGCACAUAUUCAGUGAACUGCAUGAGCAACCUUAUGUUGUGGAACUAGAUCUUCGAGAUGAUGGGGCUCAAAUUCAGUAUGUUCUUCUGGAUUUAGUUGGCCGGCGCACUGUCCCACAAGUAUUUGUGAAUGGAAAGCAUAUUGGUGGCUCUGAUGAUCUCAAUGCUUCUGCUGAGAGUGGUCAAUUGCAGAAACUUCUGGCUACAGAUUGAUGGGAGAACAAGUGGAAAGUUGAGAAAUAGCUUGGAACUGAAGAUGCAGGUCACAUGUGGUACUAAAGAACUCUGUUAGAGCUCUUAGUAAAAUGUGUGGUGAGAUUAUAUUUCUGUAACUCCAUAACUUAUGCUGAUGAAGAGUGUUAAGUUCAUCGGUGCAAAUGUCUGAGGUUCAAGUCAAAGAGCAGUGUACUUGUGUAGCUUGAUCAUCUGAUCACUUGACAAUAUGAAGCAAAGGACCCUUUUUUUUUGUUGUCUAAAAUUCAUUUGGGAAAAGAUUCUUUACAAGAUGGCAUAGCCAUCAACGAUAUAUAUAUACUUUCUCUAUAUGCAUUACCAUAUUAUUUUACGC